AUGGGUGAAGAAGGCAAGAGCUACAAGUUCAAAAACUUUGUUUACAAAGAUGAUAGAUUUGGGCGAUAUAUCGGCAGUGCCUGGGAAGGCUCUAGCCUGGUAGAAAUUGAUGAUAUUAAAGAUGCUCUUGAUCCAAAGGUCGAUGAGGCAGAUCUUGCCAAGAAAGAUGCUGUAAUGAUGAUUAUCGGAAUUAGCAGUGUUCAGAAAUAUCAAUUUUGUAGCAGUUGUAAGAAAAAAAUUGAAAAUUUCGAUGAAACCAAAGUUGCCGUUACAUGCACAGCAUGUAUUAUCUGUUCCAGAAAACCCCCAAAGUUUCCAAGCAAUGGGUAG